AUGUCGGCAACGGUUAAAGCCAAUGUUAGACGUUAUGUUAAUGAGGGAAAUGAUUGUGAAAACAGUGUACAAUUCGUACAAGCAGCAAAAGCAAUCUCAUUUACAACAAUUAUUGCUGGAAGAUUGACGUUGUACAAUAUACCCGAACUGAGAAUACAAUGGUCGGGAAUUAAAAAAUUCAAUAAUGUCCAAUAUGAUAUAAAGAACGAUUCACAUAAUCACCGUUAUUCAACAACAGCAAAUGCAUCACUACAGGCCACAGUGUGGCGUGCAUUCGGUAUCGGUGUCGGCAAACAUAGUAUUGAACAAGUUAAAUCACAUCAGACUUAUCAACUUCACAAUUUCAAGAUUGUUUCAAAUAUAUCAACAAGUAGUUCUGAUGAAGAAUCAACAACUGAUGAUGAAACAGAAACAAUUACUUACGAACUUCGGCAAGGUUGGACCCUAAUAGAACCAAAUAAUAAUACACGUUGUUCACCUGAACAAAUUAAUUUUUUAAAUAAGAAGUACGAAGAAGGUAAAAAUAAUGGAUCCAAAUGGAAUGCAAAUGCCGUUUUUGAAGAGAUGCAAAAUAAACAAGAUGAAAACGGUACUUUUAUUGUUGAUCCAUCACAAUUUCUUACUACAUCUCAAAUCAAGAGUUAUUUUUCACGAUUAGCAGGUGCGCAACGUCUUCAUGGUAGUCAGUCACAAUCAUACAGUAAAGAAAUUAAUAAUGACUACAAUGAAGAAGAAACAGAAGAAGCCGAGAAGGAUUUCGACUCAAUAUUGGUCGAGCUCCAGGAACAAUCGAUCAGAGUUAUGGCGAAAGACAGAUUUAACAAGUUACAGAAAUCUCAAAGCUAA